AUGAACUUCUCCAUCCCGCCCGCGCUCCAGCAGUACCUCGCCGACCUAGACGCCUUCAUAGAAGCCAAGAUCGUACCCUUGCAGAAGAAGGACGACAACGACCGGUUUUUCGAUCACCGUCGCGAACACGCACGCACAGACUGGGACAACGGCGGCCUGCCGCGCCCCGAAUGGGAAGCUCUCCUGGGCCAAUGCCGCCGUCUCGCCGAUGAAGCUGGGUUCUACCGACUCUCCCUGCCAAAGCAGUACGGCGGGCGCAGCGCCGAGGACGGCCGCGGGAGCAAUCUCUGGAUGGCGGUCAUACGCGAGCACCUCGCCGCGAAAGGGCUGGGUCUAUUCAACGACCUGCAGAAUGAGCACUCUGUCGUGGGCAAUUUCCCGGAUGUGGUGAUGGUGAUGAAUUAUGGGAAUGCGCAGCAGCGGGAGGAGUUGAUUGGGGGACGGUUGAAGGGGAAGGUGAGGAUUACGUUUGGGUUGACGGAGCCUGGGCAUGGGAGCGAUGCGACGCAUAUGGAGACGAGGGGCAGGCCGGAGAAGAGGAACGGGGUGGAUGGGUGGGUGUUGGACGGAAGGAAGAAGUGGCAGACGGGGAUGCAUGCUGCAACGCAUUGCUUUAUCUUUGCGCGGACACAGGGGGAGAACGGGCAGGCUAAAGGUAUAAGCUGCUUUGUGGUGCCGAGGGAGACGCCUGGUUUGGAAGUGGAGAGUUACGAGUGGACACUCAACAUGCCCACCGACCAUGCCACCGUCUCCAUCAAAAACGUCUGGGUCCCCUCGACCGCGGUCCUCGGGCCCAUCCACAACGGCCUCGGCGUCGCGCAAGCCUUCGUCCACGAAAAUCGUAUCCGGCAAGCCGCCUCCUCACUCGGCGCAGCCAUCUACUGCGUCCAAGAAUCCGUCUCAUACGCCAACGCCCGCGCCCCCUUCGGCACCCCCCUCUCCCACAAUCAAGCCAUCCAGUUCCCUCUCGUCGAGCUCGCCACCCAGUGCGAGAUGCUGCGCCAACUGAUCCGCAAGACCGCCGUCGAGAUGGACAGCAUGCCGCACGUCGAGGUGGAAAAGCGCAUCGGGGAUAAGGUCUCCAUGUGCAAUUACUGGGCUAACAGGCUGUGCUGCGAGGCUGCGGAUCGCGCGAUACAGGUCCAUGGCGGCAAUGGGUAUAGCAGGCAUUGGCCGUUUGAGCAUAUCUGGCGGCACCAUAGGCGGUACCGGAUCACGGAAGGGAGCGAGGAGAUUCAGAUGAGGAAGGUUGCGGCAUAUUUGUUUGGGUUUGGGGGGCGGAAGAGUUUGGUGGACGCGACGGCCAAGGAGGCGAAGCUGUAG